CUAUAGACGCGCGUCCAAUCGAAAUCAAGAGCGAGCUAAAGCUUCCUGGUAGCGGUUUUUAGAUUUAUAGAUCUCUCUUCUUCAGGAUAUUAUUACAGUAUUUUUUAUUGUAGUAAAUCCUUUAAAUGCCGCUUUAUUCUAAUCAUUUUGAAUCUUGAUCUACUACUCUCCUCAGAUCUCUCAUUCAAGGGUUCGGAUUGAUUAAAAGAAAUAAAGAUGCUGACAAAAUUUGAAACAAAGAGUAACAGAGUAAAGGGACUGAGUUUUCACAGUAAAAGACCAUGGAUCCUUUCGAGUCUUCACAGUGGUGUUAUCCAGUUAUGGGAUUAUCGAAUGGGCACGCUUAUUGAUCGGUUUGAUGAGCACGAUGGUCCUGUUCGUGGCGUCCAUUUUCAUAAUUCUCAGCCUCUUUUUGUCUCUGGAGGUGAUGAUUACAAGAUUAAAGUUUGGAAUUACAAGAUGCAUAGGUGUCUUUUUACACUCCUUGGACAUCUUGAUUAUAUCCGUACUGUGCAGUUCCAUCACGAGAAUCCUUGGAUUGUGAGUGCCAGUGACGAUCAGACCAUCCGUAUUUGGAACUGGCAAUCACGUACAUGUAUUUCUGUGUUGGCGGGCCACAAUCACUACGUCAUGUGUGCCUCGUUCCAUCCUAAAGAAGAUCUUGUUGUUUCUGCCUCUCUAGAUCAGACCAUUCGUGUGUGGGAUAUCGGUGCUCUGAAAAAGAAAACAGUGUCCCCUGCUGAUGAGAUUCUGCGGCUGAGUCAGAUGAAUACAGAUCUUUUUGGUGGGGUUGAUGCUGUUGUUAAGUAUGUGUUAGAAGGCCAUGACCGAGGAGUCAACUGGGCCUCAUUCCACCCCACCCUUCCCUUGAUUGUCUCAGGAGCUGAUGACCGUCAAUUGAAGCUGUGGCGCAUGAAUGACUCAAAGGCUUGGGAAGUGGACACAUUGAGAGGACAUAUGAACAAUGUAUCGUGCGUUUUGUUUCAUGCUAAACAGGACAUUAUUGUUUCAAAUUCAGAGGAUAAAAGCAUUCGCGUUUGGGAUGUAACUAAACGAAUGGGAGUUCAGACGUUCCGUCGAGAGCAUGACAGGUUUUGGAUCCUGGCAUGUCACCCUGAAAUGAAUCUCUUGGCUGCAGGUCACGACAGUGGGAUGAUUGUCUUUAAGUUAGAGAGAGAAAGGCCUGCCUUCGCAGUGAGCGGUGACUCUUUGUUCUAUGUCAAAGAACGCUUUUUGCGGUUCUUUGAGUUUUCAACUCAAAAAGAUACUCAAGUGAUUCCCAUCCGCCGACCUGGUACCACCAGCCUGAAUCAAAGUCCAAGGCAACUUUCUUAUAGCCCUACUGAGAAUGCUGUUCUUAUUUGCUCAGAUGUUGAAGGUGGAACUUAUGAGCUUUAUGUCAUACCCAAAGACAAUAUUAGUAGGGGUGAUUCUGUUCCAGAGGCAAAGAGGGGUUCUGGAGGAUCAGCUGUCUUUGUGGCCCGGAAUAGAUUCGCAGUGCUUGAAAAGAGCAGCAACCAAGUUUUAGUCAAAAACUUGAAGAAUGAGGUUGUUAAAAAGAGUGGUCUUCCCAUUGCUGCCGAUUCAAUAUUCUAUGCUGGCACUGGCAAUUUGCUUUGCCGGGCAGAGGAUAGAGUUGUCAUAUUUGAUCUUCAGCAAAGAACUGUUCUCGGGGAUUUGCAAACACCAUUUGUCAAGUAUGUUAUUUGGUCUAAUGACAUGGAAAGUGUUGCCUUGCUUAGCAAACAUGCCAUUGUUAUUGCUAGCAAGAAACUUGCUCACCAGUGCACUCUCCAUGAGACGAUUCGUGUAAAGAGCGGAGCUUGGGAUGAUAAUGGUGUUUUCAUUUAUACGACAUUAAAUCACAUAAAGUAUUGCCUUCCUAAUGGGGACAGUGGCAUAAUUAGAACCCUUGAUGUGCCAAUUUACAUUACUAAGGUUUCCGGAAAAACCAUAUUUUACUUGGAUCGGGAUGGGAAGAGCAAACAUUUUGACAUUGAUGCCACAGAAUACAUGUUUAAACUUUGCCUUUUGAGGAAGAAGUAUGACCAUGUAAUGAGUAUGAUUAGGAAUUCUCAGCUUUGUGGACAGGCAAUGAUCUCUUAUUUGCAACAGAAGGGUUUUCCUGAAGUUGCUCUUCAUUUUGUGAAAGAUGAGAGAACUCGAUUUAAUUUGGCUCUAGAGAGUGGAAAUAUUCAGAUUGCUGUUGCUUCAGCAAAGGAAAUUGAUGAGAAAGAUCACUGGUAUAGACUGGGGGUGGAAGCUCUUCGCCAAGGUAAUGCAGGUAUUGUUGAAUAUGCAUAUCAGAGGACCAAAAAUUUUGAUAGAUUAUCUUUCCUAUAUCUCAUAACUGGGAAUCUGGAAAAGCUUUCCAAAAUGCUGAAAAUUGCUGAAGUUAAGAAUGAUGUUAUGGGUCAGUUUCACAAUGCUAUGUAUUUGGGUGAUAUCCAAGAACGUGUCAAGAUCUUAGAGAAUGCUGGUCAUUUGCCGCUUGCUUAUGUAACUGCCAAAGUUCAUGGGCUAGAAGAUAUCGCUGAACGUCUGGGUGCUGAAUUAGGAGAUAAUCUUCCAUCCUUGCCGGAGGGCAAAGUACCCUCCCUACUGAUACCUCCAGCUCCCAUUUUGUGCGGUGUUGAUUGGCCUCUUCUAAGAGUCAUGAGAGGCAUAUUUCAAGGUGGACUGGAUGAUAUUGGUAAAGGUGGUAUUGAUGAAGAUGAAGAAAUUCCAGAAGGCGAUUGGGGUGGGGAUCUGGAUAUGGAUGACGUAGAUGGCUUACAAAAUGGGGAUGUUUCAGAAAUUCUAGAGGAUGCAGAAGUGGCUGAUGAAAAUGGAGAGGGAGGAUGGGACCUUGAAGACUUGGAGCUUCCCCCUGAAGCAGAAACGCCGAGGGCUUCUGCAUCUGCUCACACUUCUGUUUUUGUGGCUCCAACUCCUGGUAUGCCUGUAAGUCAGAUUUGGAUCCAGAGAUCAUCACUUGCCGCUGAACAUGCUGCAGCUGGAAAUUUCGAUACUGCUAUGCGAUUGCUCAACAGGCAACUUGGGAUCCGGAACUUUGCUCCAUUGAAAUCCAUGUUUCUUGACCUUUGCACUGGUAGCCAUACCUAUUUACGUGCAUUUUCAUCAACACCAGUGAUAUCUUUGGCUCUUGAGCGGGGAUUUACCGAGUCUGCUAGCCCUAAUGUAAGGGGCCCUCCAGCACUGGCCUUUAAUUUCUCUCAGCUGGAAGAGAAGCUCAGGGCUGGCUAUAGAGCUACAACAGCUGGAAAGUUCAGCGAAGCACUCCGACAGUUUGUCAAUAUUCUUCAUACAAUUCCAUUAAUUGUUGUCGAGUCAAGGGGAGAGGUCGAUGAAGUCAAAGAGUUAAUUAUUAUCGUCAAAGAGUAUGUUCUGGCUCUUCAGAUGGAGCUCAAAAGGAGGGAAAUGAAAGACGAUCCAAUACGCCAACAGGAACUAGCUGCCUAUUUCACUCAUUGCAACCUUCAAAUUCCUCAUUUAAGGCUUGCUCUUCUGAAUGCAAUGACUGUUUGUUUCAAGGCCAAGAAUGUGGCUACUGCAGCUACUUUUGCCAGACGGCUAUUAGAUACAAACCCUAGCGAGAACCAGGCAAAGCCGGCCAGGCAAGUGUUGCAGGUUGCAGAAAGGAAUAUGACUGAUGCCUCUCAGCUAAAUUAUGAUUUCAGAAACCCAUUUGUUACAUGUGCUGCAACAUAUAUUCCUAUUUACAGAGGACAAAAAGAUGUCUCUUGCCCGUAUUGUAGCUCACGAUAUGUGCCGAGCCAAGAAGGCCAGUUAUGUUCUGUUUGUGAUCUUGCUGUUAUUGGGGCAGAUGCUUCUGGGCUACUCUGUUCUUCUGCCCAGAUACGACGAUGAUCAAGAGUUUAAAUGAAUAAGUUUUUUCAAUCACUUUGCAGCUCAUAUUACCGACAGGCUGUGUGUCUCUGCAGUGGAAAAGGUGAGAUAUAUUAGUUAUGUCUAUUGCCAUUUUUUUUCUUCUUUUUUUCGACUAAAUUUCCUUUAUCCCUUUACUUUAGUUGAUUAUGAUUUUCCAUGUAAUAAACAAUUUGAGAAUUUUGUCUUGACUAUUCUUGAUAGAUGUUGUAGGCAUAUAAAUUACAAGUUAUAGCUGUAUGGCAAAUUUGCAUAA